AUGGCACCAAACAUUUUUAGUUCUCGGGUAUUUGAUGUUUGGUUGUGCAGAUUUGGCAAAACAGGAAUUUACAAAGCCUUCAUGUUUGGGAGUCCAAGCAUAAUUGUGACUACACCUGAUACAUGCAGAAAAGUCUUGAAUGAUGAUGAACAUUUCAAGCCUGGCUGGCCGUUGUCAACGGAGGAGUUGAGCGGUAGGAAUUCCUUCAUUACUAUCCCUUCCAAAGAUCACAAGCGUCUUAGGAAAUUAACUGCUGCUCCUAUCAAUGGACAUGAAGCACUAUCAAACUACAUAGAGUACAUUGAAGAAAUCUCGAAAACUACUUUGGAUAAGUUGAGCAAAAUGGGAGAAAUCGAGUUUCUCAAUCAACUUCGAAAGUUAACUUUUCGUAUCAUCAUGUUCAUCUUUCUGAGUUCAGAGAGUGAGUCUAUCUUGGAGGCUUUAGAAAAGGAGUACACAACACUUCAUCCUAUGAUUAAAUCGAAUAUAAGUCAGUUUUGUCACGCAGAGCAAGAAAAGAUUAUAAAGAACAGACCAGCAGGACAGAAAGGACUGACUCUGAAAGAAACCAGAAAAAUGCCUUAUUUGUCUCAGAACCUUGCUUCAAAAGCAGGGACUUUCCUUCCCUUUGGUGCUGGGAGCAGACUGUGUCCUGGAAACGAUCUUGCCAAACUCGAAAUUUCAAUUUUUCUCCACCAUUUUCUCCUUGGUUAUAGGUAAGUUAAAAUAGUUUUGAAGUUUUUUUUAACCUGGAAUCAUGCACUUGACUUAAAAUUUUGUGGCAAAAAUUGUGAUACAGGUUGGAGAGGACCAAUCCCGAGUGCCCGGUGCAGUUCUUGCCUCAUAGAAGACCAAAAGAUGCCUGCUUAGCUAGAGUCAAAAAGAUAUGAGCUUCUUUCAUUUAAGUUCCGCAGAAAAUAAAGCAAGGAGUUGUAGCGUUUAUUUGAGACUGAUGUUUAGGCUACAACAUGUUUAAGUACUGUUUUAUUUUCGGAUUUGGUAAUGAAAUCAGGUUUUGAACAUUUUGGUAAUAGUAAUA